GUUUCGAUCAGGCAUGGGCUCCAACAUCCACAUCUCUGCCGAUCCCUGUCCGCACGCCGUGCUGGCCUUUGCCUUGGAUAAGGGAAGCAUCUACCUCUGGCCGAAGGACGAUUGGGCAAAUCCAUGGACCAGGGGGAAGCAGAAGGGCUCUACGGUCGAGUGCCCUGGAGGUAUAAAAGCAACUUCCUACGAAUGCUACUUGAAGCCGGUAAGCUCCUGCACUCCGACGGGGAAGGGUCCCAGGUUUAUUGGGGUGAAGCGGGAUCGGGGCAAGGAAGAGCUUCGAGGCACCGAGGUGGUCCCACGCGUGUUCAAGGAGUUGCUGAGAUGCUCCAGGUACCCGAAGAACUACUGGAUCAAGUGGUGGCGAGCGCAGACAGCGGCUUUCCUGGUGCGUCCCAGUUCUUCUACGCUGGACGAGCUGCAGAGCCUCCGGAAGGAAAGCCUUGUCGGUGAGAUGCAGGAUGAGGUGCUCGGGAGUUACGUGCGGCACGGAGACAAGUAUUAUGAGGCAAAAGAGUACGAGUUCAAGGACUACAUGCACAUCUACUCCUGGAUUCUGGGUUCAGAUGCGGAGGUGGAGCGACGCUGCCCAGAUUCUUCGCGGAUGCUUGCGCCCUUCAAGAAGCAGCUACCGCGCCUCCGAGCUGCGCAGAGGCUGUAUCUCGGUUCGGACGACCCAGCUGUGCUGGAGGAAGCCUCUCGUAGCUUCUCGUGCAGUGGCUGCCUGGUGUACAUGAACGUCUCGAGGCUGUCGAAGAGGCGACCUCUGAUGGAGGUGCAGAAGCUCCUUGGAGCCAGACAGAUGGUCAUGGAAUCCUUGCUGAACUUGCAGCUACUGAUGGAAUCCGAUGCCUUUAUCUGCACAUGGACCUCGAACUGGUGCCGUUUGGUCGACGAGAUGCGAAUGACAGUGGCGCUGAAAGCAAGCCACCUCUCCUUGGAGGUGAACAAGCGCUGUCCUCGCUUCAACUGGGUACAUGGCGGGGGUGCAGAAACGCCGGACUACCGUUGA